AUGCCAAAGAAUAAAAAGUCACGAGUCUCACGGGCUCUUCGUAGCUGGAUAAAGUAUAUCACGUCCAGACAGGUUAUUCCAGUCGUCAAGGGGACUAUUGCAUAUGUUCUCGCUCUUGCACUCAUCUUUACAAGGAAAUAUGACGACCUGUCUGCGUUUCCAAUCACUCUGACCGCCAUGAUCAUUGUCACCAUCGCAGGUGGGCCCGGCAAGACGUUUGGUGCAUGUCUUCAGGGUGCAGCGCUCGCCCUUGCUGGUGUACUCCUCGGCUCAGGCUUCUUUGCCAUCCUUGCAAAACUUGGACGCUAUCCGGUCGCGCAAGGAGUUGUAUUUGCCGUGAUGGUGUAUAUACUUUCCAUCAUCAAAACCAAAGGGCAGAAAUGGUUUGCGUUUUCUCUCCUCGCAAUCUUGAUGACUUUCAACGGAAUUUAUACGUCCCUGCUCAUGAAUGGUGCAUUCAGUCCGACAUACCUGCUCGAAUACUUGAAGGCCUAUUGCUGGGGUGCUGCAAUUGUGCUUGCAGUAAAUGUUCUCAUCUUCCCAAUGAGCUCGGAGCGCGAGCUCCGCAAGACAAUGGUCACCUCUCUGGAACACAUUGCAACGUUUGCUGCACUCAUCGGGAAGGCAUACACUCUCACUGGUACACCAGAGGAUAAAGCCGCUAGGGAUUUGCUCUCUCAGACCAUUAAAGCCGACUUUACCUUUCUUUCUCAAAAGAUCGAUGAAACGUCAGUCGAAGUCAAUUGGUCGCGCUACUCGAUGCAAGACUACCAGUUGCUGACGGAUCGAAUUCGACAACUACAACGGACGUUAAUAACGGCUCACAUUUCCCUUCUCCGCUUCGAUGAUCAAGACGUUGAAGUUUUCCGCGACGACAUUCUCCUCCCACGAAGCUAG